AGAACGACAGAAAGUGCUCUGUACACACGGGCGCAGUGAGAGGCAGGAAGCGCUCUGUACACACGGGCUCAGUGAGAGGCAGGAAGUGCUCUGUACACACGGGCUCAGUGAGAGGCAGGAAGUGCUCUGUACACACGGCCUCAGUGAGAGGCAGGAAGUGCUCUGUGCACACGGCCUCAGUGAGAGGCAGGAAGUGCUCUAUGCACACGGGCUCAGUGAGAGGCAGGAAGUGCUCUGUACACACGGGCGCAGUGAGAGGCAGGAAGUGCUCUGUACACACGGGCGCAGUGAGAGGCAGGAAGCGCUCUGUACACACGGGCGCAGUGAGAGGCAGGAAGUGCUCUGUACACACGGGCUCAGUGAGAGGCAGGAAGUGCUCUGUACACACGGGCUCAGUGAGAGGCAGGAAGUGCUCUGUACACACGGGCUCAGUGAGAGGCAGGAAGUGCUCUGUACACACGGGCUCAGUGAGAGGCAGGAAGCUCACUGUACACACGGGCUCAGUGAGAGGCAGGAAGCUCACUGUACACACGGGCUCAGUGAGAGGCAGGAAGCUCACUGUACACACGGGCUCAGUGAGAGGCAGGAAGUGCUCUGUACACACGGGCUCAGUGAGAGGCAGGAAGUGCUCUGUACACACGGGCUCAGUGAGAGGCAGGAAGUGCCCUAUGCACACGGGCUCAGUGAGAGGCAGGAAGUGCUCUAUGCACACGGGCGCAGUGAGAGGCAGGAAGUGCUCUGUGCACACAGCCUCAGUGAGAGGCAGGAAGUGCUCUGUACACACGGGCUCAGUGAGAGGCAGGAAGCUCACUGUACACACGGGCUCAGUGAGAGGCAGGAAGUGCUCUGUACACACGGGCUCAGUGAGAGGCAGGAAGUGCUCUGUACACACGGGCUCAGUGAGAGGCAGGAAGUGCUCUGUACACACGGGCUCAGUGAGAGGCAGGAAGUGCUCUGUACACACAGCUUCAGUGAGAGGCAGGAAGUGCUCUGUACACACGGGCUCAGUGAGAGGCAGGAAGUGCUCUGUACACACGGCCUCAGUGAGAGGCAGGAAGUGCUCUGUGCACACGGCCUCAGUGAGAGGCAGGAAGUGUUCUGUGCACACGGCCUCAGUGAGAGGCAGGAAGUGCUCUGUGCACACGGUCUCAGUGAAAGGCAGGAAGUGCUCUGUGCACACGGCCUCAGUGAGAGGCAGGAAGUGCUCUGUGCACACAGCCUCAGUGAGAGGCAGGAAGUGCUCUGUGCACACGGCCUCAGUGAGAGGCAGGAAGUGCUCUGUACACACAGCCUCAGUGAGAGGCAGGAAGCGCUCUGUAUACACGGGCUCAGUGAGAGGCAGGAAGCGCUCUGUACACACAGCCUCAGUGAGAGGCAGGAAGCGCUCUGUACACAGGGGCUCAGUGAGAGGCAGGAAGCUCACUGAACACUUUGUGCCUCUCCAUUGCACCCCUCACACUGCGACUCACACUCCAUGACCCUCUCCUUUUCCACCAUCCCUGGAAUCGGGCAGCAGCCCCUGGCCCCCCCAGCCCAUUCUCUGCUGGACGAGCAC